GAGGACACGUCGCUGCGGCCUUCCUCCACAACACCACGUGGCUUUCUCGCCGCCUCUACCGCAGUUUAAUGCGUGACUGACUAAUGGCCUGAUUAAUUACCCAUAGUUAGAUCGGGAUUGCAUGUAUAUACUUGUAAGGUAUGUGGACGCUCAUAAUUACGGUAGUUAGUGGAGCAGAGUGUUGAACUAUCGUAGUGUAUUGUGAAUGGUCUUGUGUAUGGUGAUGCAAAUUCUCGAAACUGAUUGAAAAUAACAUUGAACAGUGUUGAAUAAAUUAAUGCAUUCACACCAAAAUUGAUAUAUGAGAACUAGACUAAGCUCUAAGAACCAUGAACGAGCCCGCGUGAUCAAACUGGAGCUGCCAUUGACUACAGGCUUACAGAUAGCUGCUUACUACCCAGACACGCACACACAGUCUUUAACUUGGUAGCCAGGAGAUCUAGCAACUGUACAGCUGUGCCAGGAUUAAAGACAGCUGGUGUGUGAGCUUACAAGAAGUGUGGACAGCACAGCUAGUUCGAGCUAAGCCAUGAGGAUGGCUGGUGCAGUAGUUUCAGGUCUAAGAUGGUUGAUGGUUGUCGUGAUAGUGGCAGACGUCUCCGGCACUCUCCAGGAGGGAAUGCCGCACGUGUGCGAGUACCAGAGGCAGGAGCAGGUCCAGGUUCGAGUGCCGAAAGUCUACAGCUUCACCUCUACCGUCAGGGUUUACCGUUCCGGAUGCUCCGUCAACACUUCCGCCUGCGUCGACUUCAAGAGGAGGACUCAGCACCGGACUGUAUAUCAGGACCAGACCCAGGUCCGAACCAGGAGUAUCUUCGCCUGCUGCCCUGGCUGGUCCACACAGGAUGAGACGAUGACUGAUGUAAACACGGUCCGGGAGCUUCACACAACUGAGGCGGUGAGGGAAGGAUGUUUCACCAGAACGAAGGGCUCAACAGAGGCUGGUCGAGAUAUCUUACACGAAGGUGACGUCUACUAUUUAGUGGACGAAUCCGACGACACUGGCCAGGGUCGUGCCACCGAGGAGGGCCUGCGUCGGCUGGUCGUGUCCCCAGGGACAGGCGCAGCAAGAGACGAUAUCAAGGGCUAUAAGCCACGUCUAUUACGCUCGCACCAUCAAACUCGAAGAUUCAGAGUCGAAGGAGUUAACUACCUUAGCGACCACCCGACGACACAAGACGCAGAUGAAGCGGGUCUUGGCACGUCCACCGCCCAACGGGAGCCUCUGAGAUUUAACACCAAUGAAGAUCAGCACCAUCAGGAGCUUUCCUCCUCCUCACCGUCCGGAGACCGCGGUAGCCGCCAGCACUGGAGACCUUCCCUCCCUCUUGUACACAAACCCAGCACUAGACGCCGCCACCAAGGCCAGCAUCACCGCUUCCACGUGGGCCGGGCACCCACCACACGAGACGAAGUCGAAGCUGAGACAAUUUACACAUCAGGAAAGAACAAUUACCAUCACUAUAUGGACAACACACGUCACCAGGCCGACAGCAUAACGAUCAUCAUGGCUUCUGGGAGGAACGGAUGGAGCGGCAGCAGAGGCAGAGGAGAGCAGACGAAGGACUGGGCCCUACAGGAACGCCAGUCACAACUGUGGAAGGUAGCGGAUGCCUUGCCUCAGACGCCGUAUGCUGCGUGUGGACGCCUCUUGUGCUACAACGGUGGCCGCUGUGUCUACAACCGGUGCAUCUGUCCCCGAGGCUUCUACGGCUCCCGCUGCCAGUAUGACAGAGAUGAGUGUCGGGAGAACAAUGGCGGCUGUGACCAAGCCUGCAAGAACACCAUUGGUUCCUUCUUGUGCUGCUGCAGUCCCGGCUACAGGCUGAUGACAGACAAUCGUUCAUGCCAAGACGUGGACGAGUGCGCGUACCACAACGGCGGCUGUUCCCACCAGUGUGUUAAUACAGUGGGCUCCUACCUGUGUCGCUGCAGUCCGGGGUAUCACCUUCUGCUGGACGAUCGUACCUGCAUUGGGGAGGCGGCGUGCAGUGUUAGGAACGGCUACUGCGACCACUUCUGCAGCGACGCCUCCGGGAAGGUCGUCUGCUCCUGUCGCCCUGGGUACCUUGUGGGCGUCGACGGGCGAACGUGUGAAAAGGCGGAGGAUCCCUGCUCUGUGGACAAUGGCGGGUGUGAGGACCAAUGUCGGGUGGAGCAGGGGGAGGCCCGCUGCUCCUGCCGGCGGGGCUUCACUCUGGCCGACGACCAGAUCUCCUGCGUCGACUUGGACGAGUGCCGGGUGCCCGGAACCUGCAGUCACCAGUGCCGGAACACCUGGGGUUCCUAUGAGUGCCUCUGUAAUGCCGGCUACCAGCUUGGCACUGACCACAAGUCCUGUUACAUGAUCGAUAUGGAGGUCAUCAACUCGUGUCUGGUGAACAACGGUGGAUGUCAACACAUGUGUCGUCAUGGAGCAGGAGGAGCAGUCUGCAGCUGUCACCCAGGCUACCUGUUGCACCAAGACCGUCGCAGCUGUCAGGACGAGGACGAGUGUGAGGCGAAGACCCACCGGUGCCAGCAGGAGUGUGUCAACACCGCAGGGGGCUAUGCCUGCGCCUGUACCCAGGGCUACACCCUCAGCUCCGACACCUUCACCUGUGCUGAUGUGGACGAAUGCCAGUUGCAGAAUGGAGGUUGCGAGCACGAGUGCCGGAACACACAAGGCUCCUUCAUAUGCUCCUGCCGCAGGGGAUACGUCCUUGUCGAUCGCAACCACUGUGACAUGGUAGACGACGACUAUACGUCUCAGAGCUUUCGUGGGGACCUGGACCUCAAGACGACCUUAGAGGAGGAUUCCGAAGUAAUUGAAGAGACGUCGGCCAAGGAUGAUGACCAGUGGGAUGACGUCACAUAUGCUGAAUACGCCAAGAUCAGUACCGUCCAUACUCGUUGUGUUCCAGGUCAGUUUGGUCCCAACUGUACUCUAACAUGUGCUGAUUGUCCCGGCCAGUGCGAUGGCUCAGGUUGUGUGUGUGCUCCUGGGACCACUGGCCCCACCUGCUCUCUCACCUGUCCUCUGGGAUCCUAUGGGCCAGAUUGUAACCAGGUGUGUAGGUGCGAGAAUGGCGGCACAUGCGAUCCUGUGUCCGGAAACUGCACUUGUCCCCCGGGCGUGUCUGGCGACCUUUGCCAAGACGGAUGUCCUGCAGGGUACUACGGAGAUGAGUGCAAGCGCCGCUGCCCCAUGAUGUGCCCCAAUAUGAGGUGUAACAGAAUCUUCGGCUUCUGUGAGUGUGAUCCAGGACGCUUUGGCCCCAAAUGCAACAUGCCCUGCCCGGCCCUCACAUGGGGCCCCAACUGUCGUCAUCAGUGCCAGUGCCAGGCUCACACCACACUGCAGUGUCACCCUGAGAGUGGUGUGUGUCAGUGUCAGCCUGGCUACGUGGGCUCUGACUGCUCCCAAGAAUGUCUAGCUGGCCAUUGGGGUGCCGGGUGCCUGCAUGAGUGCAACUGUUCAAGCGAUUCCACCUGCCAUCCUGCUACAGGGACCUGUGUUCGGGACUGUCCUCCAGGAUUCACUGGACCGGACUGCCUCAAGCCGUGUGAGGUGGGCCACUAUGGUACUGGGUGCAUGAGGGCAUGUAUGUGUGGCCUGCGGCCAUGUGACCCUGCCACUGGCGUCUGCCUCUGUCCUGCUGGCACCCACGGGCCCAACUGUCUUCUCCAUUGUGCGGAGGGCUCCUGGGGCCAGAGCUGCCAACAGAAGUGUCAGUGUCUGAGAGGUGCCACCUGCAACCGUGUUACUGGCGAGUGUCUCUGUCCUCCAGGAUUUGUUGGUCCGGAGUGCAAGUCCCCGUGUCCAGCUGACAGGUUUGGUGUCGACUGUAGCGAGAACUGCACCUGCUUCAAUGGUGCAUCCUGUCACCAGCUCACCGGCAGAUGUGAGUGCUUGCCGGGAUUCACAGGCCCCAGCUGUGGCCAGCCGUGUCCACUGGGACGCUAUGGCCAGGACUGUGUGCACAUGUGUCACUGUGAUAACAAUGGAGGCUGUGACCGUGUCACUGGGGAGUGCAUAUGUGCCCCGGGCUGGCGGGGACCUCAGUGCAAAAUACCGUGUGACGUCGGAACCUAUGGGUCUGGGUGUGCCAUGAACUGCAGCUGUGCCAACGGUGCCCAGUGUGACCACAUCUCUGGUGCCUGCAUGUGCCAGCCAGGCUGGCGUGGUACCUUCUGUUCACGCCGUUGUCCAGAUGGUUUCUGGGGGAUGGAGUGCCGGCAUCACUGUAACUGUGGCGUUGGAGCUGCCUGCAACCCUGUCACAGGCUCAUGCUCUUGUUCUUCUGGCAAACAUGGUCAACACUGCUUGAAGACUUGCUCCAUUGAUCGCUGGGGCAGUGACUGCCAGAAUGUGUGUCUGUGUCACAAUGGAGGCACUUGUGACAGAGUGUCCGGUGCCUGUGUGUGUCCCCCGGGGUACACAGGGGCCACCUGCCAGGACCGGUGUCCCAAAGGAUCCUAUGGCACCGGCUGUUUGCACACCUGCUUGUGUCAGCAAGACGCCACUUGUCAACACGAUACUGGCACCUGUAUCUGUCCUCCUGGCUUUGUUGGUACUUUCUGCGAGACUGGGUGUGGACCUGGCAGAUAUGGUCCCGGGUGUGUGCUGGAGUGCCAAUGUCAGCACAGUGGCCACUGCGACGCCAUCACCGGAGCCUGCAGAUGUAUGCCAGGCUGGCGCGGCAAGCACUGCCAUAAGCCUUGCCACAAAGCAUUCUGGGGUGAGGGAUGUGAGAAGGUGUGCGACUGUGAGCAUGGUAGUGACUGCCACCAUGUCACAGGCAAGUGCCAGUGUGCACACGGCUUCAUAGGAGAUAAAUGCCAGUUUAUUUGCUCUCGUGGGUUCUUUGGCGAAGAGUGUAGAGAGCGGUGCCGCUGUGAGGCGGAUCAGCCCUGUGACCACGUGACUGGUGCAUGCACCUGCCCUCCAGGCCGACAAGGCAAACAGUGCCACGAGUAUUGUACCGAGGGACAGUGGGGCGAGGAGUGUAAUCAAGAGUGUCAGUGUGCCAGGGCGUCCCUCUGUCACCCUGUGACUGGAGUGUGCUUCUGUCCCGCUGGUCUUCGUGGUCGGAAAUGUCGAAGAGGAUGUCCCAGAGGCAGAUACGGGGUCGACUGUAAACAGAAAUGCAAGUGUCAAAAUGGGGGCAUAUGUGACCCUGUGAGCGGGCAGUGCCAGUGCCUCGAUGGGUACUAUGGCCCCACCUGUGGUCUUCCCUGUCCACCCACCACCUAUGGGUUAAGCUGUAACCAGACAUGUGAUUGUGAGCAUGGAGGAGUGUGCACCAGGUCUGGGGAGUGUCGGUGUCCUGCUGGGUAUACAGGGUUCCGCUGUCAGUCCCACUGCCCCGACCAUACCUGGGGCCUCAAUUGUGCCUUCCCCUGUCACUGCCAUAAUGAUGCCAUCUGCCAUCCAGCAACGGGAGAAUGCCAAUGUGGAUUGGGGUGGACCGGGUCAGAUUGUAGCCAGAAGUGUGGCCUGGGUCGCUAUGGCCCCAACUGCCAACUGGACUGUGCCUGCCACCACAACGUCUCAUGUGACCGCUUCUCCGGCUGCUGUGAGUGUGGCCCGGGCCACUAUGGCCGCUAUUGUGAGCUGGAGUGCCCUGCUGGAUUCUAUGGUGCAUAUUGCACUGGUAUAUGUGAGUGCUUGAAUGGUGCCACCUGCGACCCUCAGACUGGGCAGUGCCACUGUGCGCCUGGCUUUACUGGCGAGAUGUGUGCCAACACCUGUCCUACAGGGAUGUAUGGGGGUCACUGUCAGGAGGAGUGCCAGUGUGGCGAGCACCGGUGCCACAGAGAGACUGGGGAGUGUCACUGCCCACCCGGCACUAAAGGGCCUAACUGCGCUAUGCCAUGUGGGCCUGGCAGAUUUGGUGCAAGCUGUGAGCAGGCGUGCGAGUGUCACAAUGGAGGCACCUGUGACCCCUCAAAUGGGCAUUGCUUCUGCACUCCAGGAUGGCUUGGCCCCAAGUGUACUGAGAGGGAUGUCUCCUUCAGCACAGUGAGUGACCAACGAGGAAGGGCAGACAUUCCUGUCGAACUCAGCUGAAAGUCCUAUGCAUGAAGAGCUAAGUCUUCAGUGUCAUGGUAAAGCGAGUUAGAAUUGUGCGACUUUCUACAGAGCAUCAAAAACGAAUCGUGGCAUUUGUAUCUACAGCAUUAGUAGCCUCCAUGUACAUUGUUAUUGUGCUGGAGGUACUGCAGGUUAUAUAGCUACCUCCAAUACAUAAUGAUUAUAGAUAUAACAUUAAAUGUUGUCUUUGGUCAUUAUUAACUGCCAGUACAAUGUUUAUAAUGACAGCAAAAACAGCUCUACACCUUCAGUCUAAAAAUCUAUAAUAAUUAUGUCAGUUUAUUUAGGUUAAAGUACAUACAAACAAAAUGAGUUGCAAGCAGAAUGUUGGACUUCUAGAUAGAGCUAGUAUAUACUAUGCCUAAAGCUAUGCCUAAUAAUGUUAAAUUCACAUUGACCAAUAGUUUAUUGGGUGUGAAGGACCAAAAUAUGAUUUGUUUGUUGAGAGAGAGUCUCAGAGUAAAAUAACGGAAUAUUAGAAAUGUCAUACUUUGAAAAAAGUUUUGAAAUAGAAAAUGAAACACCUGUCUCAGUGAUAAUACUUAAAUAAUUUUACCCACAAGUUUAUAGUUGUAUGAAUGAGUGUGUAAGACUCGCAGAUGAAUUCUCAUCAUUCAUUGUCAUGUUUCAGAAUGAAUUGUACAAUAGAUUUAUCUUGAUAACUGGAAUAGUUAAUGUGCAAGACAGUGUGAAUGUAGAUAUUGACAUAGAAACUAUAAAAGAGAUGAUAUUUAA